AUGAGUUCUCAGCCUGAUCAUAUCAACGCAGUGGUUAUAGGACAUGUAGAUAGUGGGAAAUCCACUACUACCGGUCAUCUCAUUUACAAAUGCGGUGGCAUUGACAAACGUGCUAUCGAAAAGUUUGAGAAAGAGGCUGCUGAGAUGGGUAAAGGUUCUUUUAAGUAUGCUUGGGUACUGGAUAAACUGAAGGCAGAACGCGAGCGUGGUAUCACAAUCGAUAUUGCACUAUGGAAGUUCGAUACCAAUAAGUACAAAGUCACAGUUAUUGAUGCACCUGGCCAUCGUGACUUCAUCAAGAACAUGAUCACAGGAACAAGUCAGGCUGACUGUGCAAUGCUGAUUGUUGCGGCUGGUGUUGGUGAGUUUGAAGCUGGUAUUUCCAAGAAUGGUCAAACAAGAGAACAUGCAUUGUUGGCAUACACGUUGGGCGUCAAGCAGUUGAUUGUCGCAAUUAAUAAAAUGGACUGCACUGAACCACCUUUCUCUGAAGAUCGCUACAAAGAAAUCGUCAAAGAAGUGUCCGGCUACAUUAAGAAAGUCGGGUACAAUCCCGCUGCAGUUCCAUUUGUGCCGAUCUCUGGCUGGCAUGGUGAUAAUAUGGUAGAAAGGAGUACAAACAUGCCUUGGUUUAAGGGCUGGGAAGUUACUAGAGUAAAGGAUGGAAAGAAUGUUACUGACACUGGCUACACAUUAAUAGAAGCAAUAGAUAAGAUGAAUCCACCCACAAGAAUGACUGAAAAACCAUUGAGAAUACCACUACAAGAUGUUUACAAGAUUGGUGGCAUUGGUACCGUUCCUGUUGGUCGCGUAGAAACUGGAAUUAUAAGACCUGGUAUGGUCGUCACCUUUGCUCCGCAAAAUUUGUCGACUGAAGUCAAGUCAGUCGAGAUGCACCAUGAAGCACUCACCGAAGGUCUCCCUGGAAGCAAUGUUGGAUUCAAUGUGAAGAACGUGUCUGUCAGUGAUAUCCAUCGCGGCAAUGUUGCAGGUGAUUCCAAAAAUGAUCCUCCUAAAGCAGCUGAGAGUUUCAUGGCGCAAGUAAUUGUCAUGAAUCAUCCAGGUGAGAUCAAAAAUGGCUAUUCUCCAGUCCUUGAUUGUCAUACUGCACAUGUUGCCUGCAAAUUUAGUGAAAUAACCGAGAAGCUUGAUCGACGUUCAGGGAAGGUGAUUGAAGAAAAUCCAAAGUUCAUUAAAAACAGUGACGCUGCGAACGUGAAACUUGUACCGUCCAAACCCAUGUGUGUUGAGACAUUCCAGGAGUACCCACCGCUCGGUCGCUUUGCUGUUCGAGAUAUGAAGCAAACAGUAGCUGUCGGUGUUGUUAAAAGUGUCGUCAAGAAAGCUGAUGCGGUUAAAGUUACAAAGUCCGCUGCAAAGGCUUCGAAGAAAAAGUAA